GAGAGAGAGAGAGAGAGAGAGAGAGAGAGAGAGAGAGAGAGAGAGAGAGAGAGAGAGAGAGAUCCGCAGAAGCAGCUGAUAGAAGCUGCAUUUUAAAAAGGUUCAGCGUUGGCUGCAGCAGCACUCACAGCAUCCCUCAUCCCCCCAUCUCUCACUCUCUCUCCCUCCCUCUCUCUCUGCCUCCCUCACUCUCUCCCUCUCUCUCUCUCUCUGCCUCCCUCUCUCUCUCUCUCCCUCCCUCUUUCUCCCUCUGACUGCUGACUGAGGCAUCCUGCAAACACAGGCUGGGAGAGCUCUGCUCUGCUGUGGCUCUGACCGAGACUUCUUUCCCUUGCUGGAUAAACUCUCUCUCCAGGCUUCCCGGGCUAUGCCAUCCUAGGAAGUUGUGGAUCCGGGUGUGGCUGGUUUUCAAGAUGAACCAAUCUGGAGGAGGGCUGGAUCUGGGGAACUGGGUCAUCGUCCGACUCUCCUGAGGAGGCUAGUGAGUGAUGCCUGUUUGGACCUGGAGUGAUGGGGUGCACCACCAGUGUGGUUGUGUUUGACGGACUACGUACAGUCUUAGAGAGGAACUGUGGGUACACCUGCCAGAGUGGUGCAGCCCAGCCUGUUUGGCAGACAGAGGAUGACCAAGGAGCAUGCAGCCGGGGGGAGUCCUGGGUCCCAUGGCCAGAACCUAGAAUACUGAAGGUGAAGCCCAAAGUUAUCGAACCCCUGGACUAUGAGACUGUUCUUGUCCAGAGGAAGACCCAGAUUCUCAGUGAUGUCCUCCGGGACAUGCUGCAGUUCCCCCAGGAGGACUUCCAGAUUUCGACUCAGAGACGUCAAGGAAGAACUGUCUACCCCACAGUGCCUGAGAAUGCAGAGAAGGAGGCGCAGAGUCUGUUUGUCCAAGAGUGCAUCAAGACCUACAACACUGACUGGCAUGUCGUUAAUUACAAGUACGAGGACUACUCUGGGGACUUUCGGCAGCUUCCAAACAAAGUGUCCAGACCAGACAAACUGGCUGUCCACGUUUUUGAGGUUGAUGAAGAUGUUGACAAAGAUGAGGACACAACCUCCCUAGGUUCCCAGAAAGGAGGGAUCACCAAGCAUGGCUGGCUGUACAAAGGCAACAUGAACAGUGCCAUCAGCGUCACCAUGAGGUCUUUCAAGAGGAGGUAUUUCCACCUAACCCAGCUGGGUGACGGCUCUUACAACCUGAACUUCUACAAGGAUGAGAAGAUCUCCAAAGAAUCCAAAGGAACCAUCUUCCUGGACUCAUGUAUGGGAGUUGUUCAGAAUAACAGGGUGCGGCGCUUUGCCUUUGAGCUGAAGAUGCAGGACAAGAGCACGUACCUGCUGGCUGCCGACAGCGAGGGAGAGAUGGAGGACUGGAUCAGCACUCUCAACAAGAUCCUCCACAGCAGCUUUGAGAUCGCCAUGCAGGAGAAGAGGAACGGGGACAUCCCCGACGAUGACGAGCCGGGAAAGACAGACAGUUCGUUGGGGAGUAUGGACAGCUUUCAGAGUGCAAGAGAUAUUGAAUCUAAAAUGAGGAACGAGACCAGAUUGAAACUGUUCACCUUGGAUCCGGACACACAGAAACUUGACUUCUCAGGAAUUGAGCCAGAUAUAAAGCAAUAUGAAGAAAAGUUUGGCAAGCGCAUUUUGGUCAAUUGCAAUGACCUGGCCUUCAACCUGCAGAGCUGUGUAGAGGAGAAUGACGAGGGACCAACAACAAACGUGGAGCCGUUCUAUGUGACCCUGUCGCUGUUCGACAUCCAGAAUAGCAGGAAGAUCUCGUCAGACUUCCAUGUGGACCUGAACCACCCGUCCGUCAGACAGCUGGUGGCCAACCCCAGCAGCCAGUCCAUGAACGGGGGUGGGGACGCCUUGCUGGGGUUGCAGAGAGAGGUCCACGGUCUGCCUGAGGAGGCCAUGCUGUACCCCAGACAGGGAGUGUUCUCUGUAACGUGUCCACACCCAGAUAUCUUCCUGUUAGCUCGCAUUGAGAAGGUCCUCCAGGGAGGAAUCACACACUGUGCUGAGCCCUACAUGAAGAGCUCAGACUCCACCAAGGUGGCACAGAAGGUUCUGAAAAAUGCCAAAUUGUCUUGCAGCCGGUUGGGCCAGUACAGGAUGCCUUUUGGAUGGGCCGCCAGGCCUCUGUUCAAAGAUGCAUCGGGGACGUUGGACAAAAGUGGACGUUUCUCCGCCAUCUACAGACAGGACAGUAACAAGUUGUCCAACGACGACAUGUUUAAACUGCUGGCUGACUUCAGAAAGCCAGAGAAGAUGGCCAAGCUCCCUGUAAUCUUAGGAAACUUACACGUUACCAUUGAUGAUGUUGCCCCUGACUUGACAAAUUGUAUUAGCUCAUCCUAUAUUCCUGUGAGGACUUUCGAUAGCAGUGAGAAGACUAACAUCUACUUUGAGGUGGAGGAGUUUGUUCCCUACAUAGCCAAAUGCUCCCAGCCAUUCACCAUCUACAACAAUCACCUCUAUGUCUACCCCAGGCACCUGAAGUACGACAGCCAAAAAUCCUUCACAAAGGCUAGAAACAUAGCUGUCUGCAUCGAGUUCAAGGACUCUGACGGAGAGGAGGCUGUCUCGCUCAAGUGCAUCUAUGGUCGACCAGGAGGACCCCUGUUUACAGAGAAUGCCUCUGCUGCGGUAUUACAUCACCAACACAGCCCAGAGUUUUAUGAUGAGUUUAAGAUUGCGCUACCCACUCAGCUCAAUGAGAAGCACCAUCUACUGUUCACCUUCUUCCACGUCAGCUGUGAUAGCAACAGCAAGGCCAGCGCCAAGAAGAGAGACGUGGUGGAGACACAAGUGGGUUACGCCUGGCUCCCUCUGCUGAAGGAUGGCAGGGUGAUCAUGAAUGAGAGUCACGUCCCUGUGGCUGCCAACCUGCCCACUGGCUACCUCAACUGUCAAGAGGUUGUCAGCAAGCAGCAUCCUGAAAUCAAAUGGGUGGAUGGAGGCAAGCCUUUGUUCAAGGUGUCCACUCACCUCGUCUCCACUGUGUACACUCAGGAUCAACAUUUGCACAAUUUCUUUGGUCACUGUCAGAGCACAGAGUCUGCAGCCCAGGGGACAGGAGGAGAGUUGGUCAAGUAUCUGAAGAGUCUACACGCUAUGGAGAGUUCUGUGAUGAUACAGUUCCUGCCCACCACUCUCAACCAGCUAUUCCGUGUGUUGACCAGUGCCACCCAUGAGGAGGUGGCUGUCAACGUCACCAAAGUCAUGAUUCACAUUGUUUCCCAGUGCCACGAAGAAGGGCUGGAACACUACCUACGAUCAUAUGUCAAGUAUGUGUUGAAGACCGAGCCAUACACAUCCUCUACCACGAGAACAGUUCACGAGGAGCUGGCCAAAGCCAUGACUGCAAUUCUAAAGCCUUCCACAGACUUCCUCACCAGCAAUAAAUUGCUAAAGUACUCGUGGUAUUUCUUCGAAGCCUUAGUGAAGUCCAUGGCACAGUACUUGAUUGAGAGCAGUAAAAUGAGGGUGUCCAGGAACCAGCGUUUCUCGGCCGGUUUCCACCACACGGUGGAGACCCUGGUCAACAUGAUGAUGCCCCACAUCACCCAGAAGUACAAGGACAACUUGGACGCAGCCCGCAACGCCAACCACAGCCUGGCUGUCUUCAUCAAGCGCUGUUUGACCCUCAUGGACAGAGGCUUUGUCUUCAAGCAGAUCAACCACUACAUCCACUGCUUUGUGCCUGGAGACCCCAGGACUCUGUUUGAGUUCAAGUUUGAGUUCCUGCGUGUCAUAUGCAACCACGAGCACUACAUCCCCUUGAAUCUGCCCAUGCCUUUUGGAAAUGGGAGGAUACAGAGAUUUCAAGACCUCCAGUUGGACUACUCGCUGACAGACGACUUCUGUAAGAACCACUUCCUGGUUGGGCUGUUGCUGCGGGAGGUAGGCGGGGCCUUGCAGGAGUUCCGAGAGAUCCGUCAGGUAUCCAUCCACGUGCUCAAGAACCUGAUGGUCAAGCACACCUUUGACGAGCGCUACACUUCCAAGAGCCAGCAGGCUAGGUUGGCCACCCUUUACCUGCCCCUGUUUGGUCUACUCCAGGAGAACGUCCACAGGCUCAACGUGAAGGAAGUUUCCCCAUUCACCAUCAACUACUCCAACAAUAAUGGAAGAGAUGAUCCACUCUUGGGCAACACCGUGAUGUUUACGCCUCCGAGGUCCAGUACUUUUUUCGACAACAGUUUGCACAAAGAUUUGUUUGGAGUCAUCUCUGGCACCGCCUCCCCUCAUGCAUCCUCUACCCCCAACGUUAACUCUGUCCUCCACACUGACUCCCGGGGCUCCCUAAUCAGCACUGACUCUGGAAACAGCCUUCAUGAGAAGAGCAACGAUAAGAACAACUCUCUGGACAAGAACCAGCCAGCGGCAGCUCUGAGCAGCAGCCCGCUGCGUUGUGACAAGCUGGACCAGGCUGAGAUCAAGAGCCUGCUCAUGUGCUUCCUCCACGUCCUCAAGAGCAUGUCUGAGGAUGCUCUGUUUACCUACUGGAACAAGGCCUCGUCUACUGAGCUCAUGGACUUCUUCACUCUCGUAGAAGUGUGUCUCCAUCAAUUCAGAUAUAUAGGAAAGAGAUGCAUCGCAAGGAGCCAGGAAGGGGUGGGACCCAUAGCAGCACAUGAGCGGAAGUCUCAGACUUUGCCUGUGUCCCGUAACAGGGCGGGAAUGAUGCAUGCCCGCUUACAGCAACUCAACAGCCUGGAUAACUCAUACACUUUUAACCACACCUAUAGCCACUCUGAUGCUGACGUGCUGAACCAAUCGGUUCUGGAGGCUAACAUCGCUACGGAGGUCUGCCUCACCGUGCUGGACACUCUCAGCAUCUUCAUCAUGGGAUUCAAGACCCAACUCUGUUCGGACCAUGGCCACAACCCGCUCAUGAAGAAGGUGUUUGAGGUGCACCUCUGCUUCCUACAAAUCAACCAAUCUGAGACAGCCCUCAAGCAGGUCUUCACCUCGCUGCGCACCUUCAUCUACAAGUUCCCCUGCACCUUCUUCGAGGGCCGAGCGGACAUGUGUGCUUCGUUCUGCUACGAGAUCCUGAAGUGCUGUAACUCGAAGCUGAGCUCCAUCCGCAGCGACGCCGCCCACCUCCUCUACUUCCUCAUGAAGAGUAACUUUGACUACACAGGACGCAAGUCCUUCGUCCGCACUCACCUACAGGUGGUGAUCGCCGUCAGUCAGCUGAUUGCUGACGUCAUCGGUAUCGGAGGAACCCGCUUCCAGCAGUCCCUGUCCAUCAUCAACAACUGUGCCAACGGUGACAAGACAAUCAAGAACACAGCCUUCCCGUCAGAUGUGAAGGACCUGACCAAGCGGAUCCGGACGGUCCUGAUGGCCACGGCUCAGAUGAAGGAGCAUGAGAGGGACCCGGAGAUGCUGGUGGAUCUGCAGUACAGCCUAGCCAAGUCCUACGCCAGCACGCCCGAGCUCCGCAAGACCUGGCUGGACAGCAUGGCCCGCAUCCAUGUGAAGAAUGGAGACCUGUCUGAGGCAGCCAUGUGUUAUGUGCACGUGGCAGCACUGGUGGCCGAGUAUCUCCGGAGGAAAGGCAUGUUCAAGCAGGGCUGCUCAGCCUUCCGAGUGGUCACCCCCAACAUUGAUGAGGAGGUAUCCAUGAUGGAGGAUGUGGGCAUGCAGGAUGUCCACUUCAACGAGGAUGUCCUGAUGGAGCUGUUGGAAGAGUGUGCUGAUGGCCUGUGGAAGGCUGAGCGCUAUGAGCUCAUCUCAGACGUCUACAAGCUCAUCAUCCCCAUCUACGAACAGGGGAGGGAUUUUGAGAAACUGUCUCACCUGUAUGACACCCUCCAUCGUGCCUACAUCAAAGUGACAGAGGUCAUGCACACGGGCAAGAGGCUGCUGGGAACCUACUUCAGAGUGGCUUUCUUUGGCCAGGCAGCGGUAAGUUCUGCAGUCGGCUCUGUUCACUUUCCUGAGCAGCCUAAAUCUGUGUGAGGUGCUGCUGCUAUAAUCCAUGACAUGAUUCAGCCACUAGUGUGAUGCUGCUUUAAUCCAGGACAUGUUUCAGCCACUAGUGUGAUGCUGCUUUAAUCCAUGACAUGAUUCAGCCACUAGUGUGAUGCUGCUUUAAUCCAUGACAUGUUUCAGCCACUAGUGUGAUGCUGCUUUAAUCCAUGACAUGUUUCAGCCACUAGUGUGAUGCUGCUUUAAUUCAUGACAUGUUUCAGCCACUAGUGUGAUGCUGCUAUAAUCCAUGACAUGAUUCAGCCACUAGUGUGAUGCUGCUUUAAUCCAGGACAUGUUUCAGCCACUAGUGUGAUGCUGCUUUAAUCCAUGACAUGAUUCAGCCACUAGUGUGAUGCUGCUUUAAUCCAGGACAUGUUUCAGCCACUAGUGUGAUGCUGCUUUAAUCCAUGACAUGUUUCAGCCACUAGUGUGAUGCUGCUUUAAUCCAGUACAUGUUUCAGCCACUAGUGUGAUGCUGCUUUAAUCCAUGACAUGUUUCAGCCACUAGUGUGAUGCUGCUUUAAUCCAUGACAUGUUUCAGCCACUAGUGUGAUGCUGCUUUAAUCCAGGACAUGUUUCAGCCACUAGUGUGAUGCUGCUUUAAUCCAGGACAUGUUUCAGCCACCAGUGUGAUGCUGCUUUAAUCCAGGACAUGUUUCAGUGUGAUGCUGCUUUAAUCCAUGACAUGUUUCAGCCACUAGUGUGAUGCUGCUUUAAUCCUUGACAUGUUUCAGUGUGAUGCUGCUUUAAUCCAGGACAUGUUUCAGUGUGAUGCUGCUUUAAUCCAUGACAUGUUUCAGCCACCAGUGUGAUGCUGCUUUAAUCCAGGACAUGUUUCAGUGUGAUGCUGCUUUAAUCCAUGACAUGUUUCAGCCACUAGUGAGAUGCUGCUUUAAUCCAGGACAUGUUUCAGCCACUAGUGUGAUGCUGCUUUAAUCCAGGACAUGUUUCAGCCACUAGUGUGAUGCUGCUUUAAUCCAUGACAUGUUUCAGCCACUAGUGUGAUGCUUAAAGCUCUUGGCAGUUACAUUAACUCACCGCUACCUUCCACCUACUUGUUUUACUUUUCACAACAGCAAGGCAUGUUGCUGAUUCAAUGGGAGUAAUCCACUGAAUUUGGCUUUUAUCGCUUCCAUUUUUAGAUGUCAUUUUCACCUAAAUCUUCUUACACCUGGUUCUUCCUCAUCUUUCAGUGUGUUAACUUGUUGCUUUUGACAGUUUGCUUUGUUGGAGUGGAUAACCUUCCUAGAACCGUGUUCCUUCUGACUGACUGUGUUCUUUCUGUAUGUGGUGUUAUGGUGUGAAUGCUUAUCUGCUAUAAGUUGUAGCCUGGGUGGUGUUGGAAUAACUAUGAUUUUGUUUUCUGUUGCUCUACCUUACCACUCCGUAGCAGUACCAGUUUACUGACUCUGAGACUGAGGUAAAUGAAUGAGAAAGUGGUGGGUGAAUGCACUGCAUUGAAGCAUAAGGCUUAUGAUUCUGGUCUGGGUUAGUAGUCAGUGGUAUUACUGGUAUGUGUCCAUCACCGCUUCGUUACCUCCUCCUAGCUUAUCUUAUCCAUCUCAGCACUCGCUACUACUGCCUGGCUCAGUGUUGCCCUGACAACAAGAGGCUAUAUUAGUCAGGGUUUAAGGGUAGGAUUUCAUGUCUUACUGGGUACAUGUUUCCAGUCAUCUAGCUGGUGGCUACUACCCCAUUCGUCUACAGUGUUAAGGUCAUUUUUAUUGUCGUUUUUUGGGUUGUAUAAAUAAUGUAGACCCUUUGAUGGAGUGAAAUUCAAUCCUCUGCAUUCAUCCUAUUUAUUGGUCCCAUAGCACUGUUCCUAGACCAGUUCUGUUGUUUGUUUCUGUGCUUUUGGGAAUAUGUAUUUUGGGAAUAUUUCUUGCUCUUGGGUUCAGGAUUAUAGUACCUUAGCUCUUCACCUGUGUUGUUGUGCUCAUUGUUUUAGGUGUUCAUACUACUUUUGAUGUCUUUGUUACCUGAAUACCUUCACAUUUGUGUUUUCAUGUUGUUUUCCUAUUCUCUAACCCUAACCCCACCCCCUAACCCCUACCCCUAACCCCUAACCCUAUUCUCUACCCCUAACCCUAUUCUCUAACCCUAACCCCUAACCCUAUUCUCUACCCCUAACCCUAUUCUCUACCCCUAACCCCUAACCCUAUUCUCUAACCCUAACCCCUAACCCUAUUCUCUACCCCUAACCCUAUUCUCUAACCCCUAACCCUAUUCUCUACCCCUAACCCUAUUCUCUACCCCUAACCCCUAACCCUAUUCUCUAACCCUAACCCCUAACCCUAUUCUCUACCCCUAACCCUAUUCUCUAACCCUAACCCUAUUAUCUAACCCUAACCCUAUUCUAUAACCCUAACCCUAUUCUCUAACCCUAACCCAUAA